AAACGAUGUAAGGCAUCUGUAGUUACAACUUGUCCUGGAAUACGAACAUGUUUUGAAUUUCGUGAAAAACGUUUUAAAAUUAAUGUACCACAUCGAUUUGUUGCACAUACUUAUCGAUUAUUUACUUUUUGUGAUCAUUGUGGAUCACUUUUAUGGGGAGCUUGGAACCAAGGAAUGCAAUGCAAAGAAUGCAAAUUAAAUGUACAUAAACGUUGUACACGUAAUGUUGCCAAUGAUUGUGGUUUAGAUAAGAAAAAACUUGCAGCAGUUUUAUCUGCUCUUGGUAUAACUGCAGGACCACCAAAAACGCCUCAUGCAUCAAUUGAAGUAGAUGCAUCAUCUAAUAAUCAAGCUGCUGCAACAUCAACAAAACAUGAAAGUCCUCCUCCAUCUUCAUUUGAUGAUAAUUCAAGCAAACAAAAACAUUAUUAUUCAAUUGAUGAUUUUAAUUUUUUGAAAAUGUUAGGAAAAGGAUCAUUUGGAAAAGUUAUAUUAGGUGAACAUAAAUUAACUAAUGAAAUCUUUGCUAUAAAAGUGCUCAAUAAAGAGACAAUUAUUCAAAAUGAUGAUGUUGAAUGUACAAUGACAGAACGACGAAUUUUAGCUUUAUCAGCUCGACAUCCAUUUUUAACUGGACUUUAUUGUAGUUUUCAAACAAAGGAACGUUUAUUUUUAAUAAUGGAAUAUGUUAAUGGUGGUGAUUUAAUGUUUCAAAUUCAACGUUCACGGAAAUUUGAUGAAGUACGAGCACGAUUUUAUGCAUCUGAAGUAAUAUUAGCAUUAAUGUUUUUACAUCGACAUGGUGUUAUUUAUCGUGAUCUCAAGCUUGAUAACAUUCUACUUGAUGCUGAAGGACAUUGCAAAAUUGCUGAGUAGGUUUUUUUUAAUGAAUAUAUAUAUAUUUCUUUUUUGAAUAAAUCAUUUUUUCUACCGAUGCUCAAUUGAUAGGCUCUUAGACAAUUCGAAAUUUAACAUAUUGAGAACAGAAUCGAUUUAGGGAUUUUAAAAGGGUAUUAUUAUUUUCGAUUAUCAUAACAGCUAUUGUUAAUGAUACAAGUGUUGAUCUAGGGUUUUUUUUGUGGUCUUGAUAUCUCGAGAAGAGAUUAUUCUUUUUGGCUGAAAUAGUGAGGAGAUUCCAAUAACUUAAAGAGUUGUCUAUAGGUAAUUAAAUGCCGUGCCAAAAGUAAAAAAUCCAGUGUGACGACCAUAACUUCAAAAUGGAAGUGCAUGAGAAAGAAUCCUUGUAGAUUUCUUUUAGUCUCCAAUGAUCCUACGUAAUGACUAGAGUCUUAUUUCAAAUGCGAGAUACCACCUCUGGUGGUUUCCUCGUAAGUAUUUUUUUGAUAAUAGUCAAUUCUAUGUCGUAUUGAUUCCAAAGAACUUCAAGAUCUGAUAUAAUUUUCAUUCUUUUUGAAUCAAUACAGAAAAGUUUGAAUAUAUGGAAUCGAAUGUAGAGUUUUUCCUCAGGAAAGAAAGUAUUCGUUUAGUUAAAACAAAUAAGUAAACUAUUUUGUUUAACGGAAAUACAAACUCGUAUAAAUUCGGACUAUUUUCUUCAAUGUAAACUUGAAUGUGAAACACUAUCCGAGAGUGAAAUCAAAUAGAAAACAAAUCUAACUGAUGUCUAUUCUUCAUACAAUGAACUAAUGUGACUGUUUCGAU